UAUUGGUUCUUGUCAGAACUCCCCAAUUCGUAAAACUGAACUAAAAAACCUACUGAUUAAUGUAUAGAGACCACGAAAAUAAGAGCUUCCAAUAUCAAAACUGAAAUGCAAUGACAGGUAUGGACGCCGAUAUGACGGAAAUGGAGGCAAACGUAUCGGUGGCGUUAAAUGCCGACCAGACAGAUGUUGUUCGAAAUUUGCUGACAAUGGCUAGGCAACUCAUCGAUCAAAACAAGCCGUCGCAGUCUCUUCAAGCUUGCAAGUCUCAAGUCAACAUUUUGGAGCAUGCUGAUAAAUAUAAUGGAGCAACACAGAUGUUACAGACGAUAUGCCGUAUUUAAAAAGUUGAGUUAUUUUUUAAAUGAAUGCUCCGCCGAGCUAAAUUAUAAGAUUGCAUAGUGGCUUCCUGAUUUGCAUUCUGUUAUUUGGUAAAAUAGACCAUAAAUACUGAUGUGACACAGUAUAGAGAGCUAAAUAAAAAUGGAAGAAGGAGGAGAGGGAAAAAGAGGAAAAGGUAGACAAGGGAGAAGAAGAAACAAAAAUUUGAGGAAAUUUUAUUACUUUGCAUUUAAUAUUCAAUGGUCUAUCUAUUAAUGGAAUGGAAUAAAUCAAUUAUGAGAAAACCUCUUGAUUGAAGUUUUAAAUCUUUUCUUAAAAAUAAAUAUCUAACUUUUGUUACUGUUCAAAAUUGUAUUAACUAGGAUUCCCGCCACUCUUAUUUCCCUAACCUCUUGAUUUAAGUCCUAAUUCUUUUCUUAAAAAUAAAUAUCUAACCUUUUUUACUCUUCAAUAUUGUAUCAAUUAGGAUCUUCGUCACUCUUAUUGCCCUGGUAAAUGAUGUUGUACAGAAAGUGACUGGAACAAGAGGGAUCCACCGAGAAGAAUCACCUUCUUUUUUUAGGAGGAAAUUUUUAUCCAAACUUAGUCCAUGAGAUGUAAGAAAUCCAAGUGAACUUUUUCAUUUUGAAAAGUAAGGCCAUAGGUGGGUAUGACUUUACAGUGGAAAGGAACAUUUUAAGAAAUGAUAUUUUCUACCGCUUUAUUUAGUCAUAGUGACGAUCAAUUGAAGAUGUCAGUCCGUUGAGCCAAAUAAUGUAAUUUAGAUGUUUGGAAAGGAACAUUUUAAGAAGUGAUAUUUAGUGCUUUAUUUAGUCACGGUGAUUUAGUGCUUUAUUUUGUCACGGUGAUGAUUAGUUGAAGAUGUCAGUCCUUUCAGCCAAAUAAUGCAAUUUAGAUGUUUUUGAAAUUAAAAAACUCAAAUUCAUAAAUAUAGCCUUUGUUUGAGCCCCAUUUUUUGGAAACAAAUUGCAUUCUUAGAUAGUGUUUUACAUUAUUUCAGCCUCAUAUUUUUUAAUAAAAUAAUAUUACACAUAAAUCCAAAAAAAAUUCUUUAUUUUUUAAUCACAUAUUUCUCAUCAAUAUACUAUUCAAAAAUGCAUUUUCCCCCAAAAAUGGGGCUCAAACAACGGCAUAAUUGAUGUUUCGAGUUGACCACAAGGCAUCCAUCAAGGCCUAUUUUUUGGGGAUUGAGGAUUAAGAACUGUGGUAGACUUACAAGUAAACAGGUAUUCUAAUAUCCUCCCAUUGUUAAUUUUAACUUACUAUUGUCAUAUUGUUCUGUUUUCACCUGUUUGCUCCAUAUUCUCUUCAACGUCAAUCCUUCAAACGUGGAGUUAUAAAGUCUCUGGCCACUUGAAGUGGGAACUGUAUAGCCGUUUUCCCUACAUGACUUGGAAAGGAAGCUAGCUUUGUUUGGUUUUGCCGGUCAUCUUUGUAGUGAUGGCAGUGAGAUUUCAAGGCGGGGAUGAAGCUGUUACUCAAGCUCUUAAUCGUGCUCGAGAUCUCUACAGAAACAAAGUUCAAGCUAGUGCUGCUGCUGAUGAGCUGGCUUCGUUGUUUGCAGAAUGUGCAAUUGCAGAGGCCAUGCCACCUGAAUCUGAAUCAUCUCAGAACCAUGUUUUUGCUGAAUCCGUUGAACCGGAUGUUUAUGGAACUUCUAUACUCGCCGAGACUGGCAGGAAGCAAAUCAUGCUUGAUGCAUUCUCAGAUGGAAGCAGCUUCAUCUGCUUACAAUGUGGAGGUCUUGUUAGCAAUCAUCGCAAAGAGGAACAUUAUGCAUUCUGGUGUUGCAAAAUCUGACUUCUUGUAGUUUCUUGGAUGUAAGCACUAUUUUAUCACCGUGAAAUGCAUACAAUAUUCGUAUUGUAAUUUGCUUGUGCAUUUGAUGGCCACUUUCGAGAAUGUAUCCCCCUUUUAUUCGAGGAAUAUACUUUGUGUCUGGAUAAUGAGGUUUGUCAACCAAUGAAUAGAUAUCUUGUCUUCUGCAAAUAUUUAGUAAUAUCUUAUUAAGUGUACCA